AUGCAGUUCGUUUCAACACUUCUUGGCUUCUUAGGGUUUGCCGCUCUUGCUCUUGGACUGCCCGCCACCGAUAACAGCGAAACUGCUGGGGCUGAUCCCGCUGUCACCGUCAAACUCCCUUACCCGGUUGAGCCUUUCACUUUCAACGGCACCAUUGAUGGCCACGAGGUCUAUUUAGUCGGAUCCAUUGAUGAGCAACUCGAACACAUGGAGAAGACCUAUCCAGAUUUCGACCGUAAUAACUUUCAGGCUGUCAGAGCUGAUAUACCGGAAACAAAACAUGAGACACGCAGCGUAAAUAACAAAGUUGGCAUGGGGCAAUGUUGUGACGAGCCACAAAUGCAGAGUCACGGGUGGAACUACGUUUCUAGUGUUGAUAUCAGUUUCGCUGCUGCACAGCUUGCUGGAUAUGAGGGCGGUUGCCCAGUUCAACCUCACAGAUGCGUUUUCUUUACCAGAUCAGGUCGUGCUGGUAUCCACUUAUGCAAUGAUAAUACCUACUUCAUCAGCCCAAGCUGCAAAUAUCUCUCUUCAUACGCCGUCGAUAUUCGCGACCACUGCGGAAAGGGGUUUGCCACUAGUAACGGCCUAGAAGCUAGAUCGUGUGGACAACAGUUUGACACUGAUGGAUACAAUGUUGUCGUCGUCUACGAGAUUUAG